UCAUAAAAAUGAAAGGAUUCGCCGUAGUUGCCGCUGUGCUGCUGUUUGUCUGCCUGGUGGCUAGCCAGAGCAACAACUAUUACUGGGGCGUUCGAGAUCCGCGUGACGUUCUGCUUAACCGCACCAUUGCCGUCCGUUCUGGUACGAUCCUGCAGGUCAAAUCGAUUGAUCUCGUGUACCCGUUGAAGGGCCAGGUGGGACGUAACAUUUCUGCCAUUACCGUGCUUGACCAGUACAUCAACGGAAAUGGUGGCUACGCUAGCUUGUAUGCUGGCGGUAUCGGGUACAACUAUACGACGAUUCAUCUGAAAUCGCAACGUGGCCAUGGGUACAACUUUAUCGUCGAAAUUUACGGCCGAUAG